UAUGUGUGUAAGAGAGACCAGCAGGCUGCUGCUCCAUGUCAUCUGAGAACGGGCUCGGGCAUCGGGCGAUUCUAUCUCACGCUGUACCCCCCCCUCAUGCUUCGCGUUGUUAUUGCCUAAACUGGAGGCUUUGUCCAUUUAGACACUCGAUGAAAGCUGAGUCACAAACACGGCCGAGUUUCAGUGCCUCUGUGGUGAGCGGUAUCGAGGAUACGGCGGGACGGACAGCUCGCAGCCUGCUUUGCUCUUCAUGCAGAUGCGACUCGAGCAGAGGAAAAUGGGGGGUGGGGGGGCAUGAAUAAGCCGAGUGAGAGGGAGGAGGAUGGCUCUCCGCUCGCCUAACGGUAUCGCCGAACGUAAGGGAACGGCUUCCAGUGUGCCAUUCUGAUAUUUCUACAUCGUCCAUACAGUUUUACUGUCAAACGACCUCCUUUAAAACGUCUGUCCGGAUGGAUAUUUGGGCGUCGAGCCGCCGCAGGCCCGCCGUUCGCGCAGUGGAUUCCCGAAGCAGCAGCAGCUCCAUAGCGCGCUAGCUUAGCUGCUGUGCUAGGCGCCAGCUGUUGGCUUUUUGUUAGCGACAUAUUACUGAGAAAAUACCGUUUUGGCGAUGUAAUUCUGCUCUCUGAGUGUGGCGCAAAGAUGGACUGUAACCGCGGAAGCCAUAUCUUGCGAUAAUGUGGCGAAACUGGAUGGGAAGGUUUGCCUCAGAUUCGGGUCUGUUUUGUCGGGAGGGAGGCGAGCCGAACUGCUAACCAUCGGGCUACCUGACGAACCGGUGGGGUGAAAGGGCUCUCCUCAGAUUUUCCUCACACAUUUCCAGUUUCGACACAAACUGAGAUGGAUAAACUGACCAUAAUUUCAGGGUGCCUCUUUCUGGCUGCGGAUAUUUUUGCCAUAGCUAGCAUUGCAAAUCCAGACUGGAUCAACACAGGCGAGUCGGCAGGUGCACUGACUGUGGGUUUGGUGAGGCAGUGUCAGACCAUCCACGGGCGAGACAGAACCUGUAUCCCCCCUCGGUUGCCUCCAGAGUGGGUCACCACACUCUUCUUCAUCAUCAUGGGCAUCAUCUCCCUCACAGUCACCUGUGGCCUGUUGGUGGCAUCACACUGGCGCCGAGAAGCCACAAAGUAUGCGCGGUGGAUCGCCUUCACAGGAAUGAUCUUGUUCUGUAUGGCGGCUCUCAUCUUCCCUAUUGGAUUCUACAUUAACGAAGUGGGUGGGCAGCCCUAUAAGCUGCCCAACAACACAGUGGUGGGCUCCUCUUACGUGCUUUUUGUGCUGUCCAUCUUUUUCACAAUAGUAGGGCUACUGUUUGCGGGGAAAGUUUGCUUGCCUGGCUGAGGACACAUCUCCUCCGGAAUCAGCUGAGGAUUGUUUUUUUGUUUGCAAAGAGGAACGAAAACUAGCAGCGCUCACCGAGAAGGGGCUUCGGAAUUGGGGUGGUAACGCAACCGAAUAACCGAUAAACUCACACAAUGACAAUGCACUCACUGCAAAGCUAACGCCUCUUAGUCUACUCUGCCCAGAACCAACCUGAGCUUAUUUAGAUCUUCCUUUUUGUUGCACUUCGGAGGAUCUGAGGACACGUGCGGACAGGGAGCGAUGGUGGAUGCCAGUGGUAUUUGCAUCGUCAUGCAGUUCGGAUGGUCUUCUACUUCGUGACCUGCGAAGGCAUUUGAGAUUUCAUGCUUAUUUUUCCGUUCCGAGGAGUUUUGCUCAGUUCCCACUCAUUCACUCCAGCUUUGUAGUUUUGUAGGGAUCUGUCACCCCCCCUGGAGAGGAAUGGCUGGCUGCUGUGAAAAGGCCAGGCUGAGGCAUGAGGGGGGCCCUGAAGCAGAGCUCCAUCCCACAGGAACAGGAGACGCUCAGGAUGAAAGUGGAGCCACAGCUCCCCCUUCAGUCUCUGUACUGCACUCACUGGAGUCACCCCAGCCUGAGAUCCGAAAGAGUAAAGGGAACAGUGUUUGAAUAUGUGAUGAUAGAACAAAGUGAAAAACACAAAUUUUGAUAGAAACACAUGACAAAAGACAAAAGCACUAGGACUGCCGGUCAGGACCCUAUGAGGCCGUGCCUCACCGUGUUAAACCUCGUUGCCUGGGAAACCUGUUACAUACAUACAUACAUAAACACAUAAAUACACACAUGCAUACACUUAUACCGAUAUGGACACACCUCUGGAUCUGGUGACCAAAAUGAAACUCCUACCUGCCCUCAUGUGAAUCCUGGGCCCUAUAAGUUCAGUCUUUGAGAGAGAGAGAAAGAGAUGUGCUUUGUCCUUUAACCCAGUCACCUUUUUCUUGUCUUGAUUUGUACUUCUGACUCUGAAUUUGUUUUGCUUUUCAUUUGCUAAUGUGCCAUAAGUCAUUUUAGUUGUAUGAAUACUAAGGGCAGGACUCUGUUAUAGGGAGCACUGUGAGGUAUAGCCAUUAGUAGGUGAAGCAUCGCAGAUGUACAAAAAAACAGAACUCCUUACCUCAACUUUUUCUCUUUGCUGACGAUGACAGCGUGUUCCCUGUAAGUUAUCUCUUGCCUUGGUCAGAGACAUUUUGCUGAAAAUGCUGUGAUCAUUGCAAUUUAUUUAUCUGACACUGAAUAACAGGAGAAAACCAAUGUGUAUGAGUGACAUCAGUUCUGUUUGCUUUGCUUCAGUUUUUGAAAUAAUCCCUAUUUUAAAACCGUGUGUCAUGUAUAUUGAAGAUCAAUUGAAACAUGAUUUGUAUGGUCUUUGAUGAUUGAUUUUGGAUUAAUCAAAUGAAGGUUAACAUUUCCCUAGAGAAGUUUCGUUCUUCAUGAAAUAUAUUGUUCUUAUUGCUUCGUUUUUGACCCACUCCACCACCCCAAACCUUUAUCUAAGAAAAGUCAUUUUAAAAAUUGCCUUUACAUUACUUUUUAUUUAAUUUCACAAGCUCUUUUGUAAGAGUGUCCUUUUCCUGGGAGUGUUUGUGUUGUUUUCAUGGUUGGCGAAAAAGCCAAUCUGCAUUUGUUUUGAACCCCAAGUACAGGAGAUCAUAGCUUCCUUUCUUGGGCCUGUAGAGUUGGCAAAAUAAAUGAUCUGUUUAUUAUAGGACCUCAGUAUUUGAGAAUAAGCUGCAGGGUCUGUUCUAAUGUAUAAUGGAAAAGAGUUAGGCAGGAGUGGAAGACAUCACAUACAUCUGGCUUCUCCUGCUUUGAAUUUAGGAAAAAAAAAGUCAUAAAAUUGAAUUCAAAGAAAUAAAAAUGACUUUACAUUAAAGGGUAUUGAAUAGUUAUUAUUUAUGGUUACAUAAGGGAAAAAUAAAUGUAUGAAUAACAGUAUUAUCUAUCGAAGGAUGUUUUAGCAUUCCUUGUGCACAGUUACUGUUAACAGAUUCAUAUUACUGGCAAAACAACUGUUUUUGUUCUGCUUCACUUUGUUUCGAUAUUUCACUGUAUACAAUAAAAGGCAUUAAAAAGCCUUA